CAGAAUAAAAAUGAAAAUGAACAAAAAAAAAUAAAAUGAAUUAGCGUUGAUGAGAGAUGAGGAAGAAAAUCCCAAGAGGAAGAUGACCUUACCUUACACAUUGUUGGAAAUGGAUGUUUAUAAGCAUAUGCAUGCGUUGGAAGGCAUCUAUUCCCAAACUCAUCACCUACCACUGAUAACUCCACCCCUUCCUCUUUAUCGUCACACACAUUUCCAUUCAUGUCUCUCUUCCCCGACCACCUUUGUCCAUGUUUUUGUUCUUUAGAUAGCUCCACCCCAUCUUAGAUUUACACUCACAUAGCUAUACAAUAUUCACCUAUAUAGACACAGUUGCUUUUGCUGACAAUUCCCAAGAUUCUUGGUCUCAAAGAUCUGGCCUUUUGUGUUUGUUCCUUUGUUUAAGCUUACUUACUUAUCAUGGGGCGGUUUCAGAGAUCUGGGAUUUGAGCUUUCUCAAUUGUCCUUGUGAAAAGUUAUCAAGGCUUUGUGAGAAAUGGGGGCUGAUCUUAAUGCUGAAUUAUCCAAGAAAACUCCUAUUUUUGGUCUCAAGGUUUGGGAAAUAAUUGGAAUUUCAGUUGGGUUGUCUAUAAUAGUCAUUCUUUGUGGGCUCUCACUUUGCCUUACUUCAAGGAAGAAAUCUAGAAAAGCAAAGGACAAGAUUCCUCUUAGUCAAAUACCAAUUGUCUCAAAGGAAAUUAAGGAAGUGAGAGUUGAGCAAGUGUCAACAAAUGGAUUUGCUCCUCGGGAUGGAAUACUUCUUACUAUUCAUGAUAAGUCCAGUGACAAGGAAUCAGACAAAGUGAUGGUUCAUUUAGGUGUGGGGAAGAUGAAGAAUGAGGAUAUUAGCAGCAAUAACUCAGAUUCAUUUCAGCAUAUAGAGAAAGAUGGAGGCGGUUCACACUCACAGUCAGGAGAAGAAGGUAGCUCUGGCACGGUUACAGUGUUCAAGCAAUCUUCUUCAUACCCUAUAACAGCACCUUCACCUCUCUCUGGCCUUCCAGAAUUCUCUCACUUGGGUUGGGGUCAUUGGUUUACCUUGAGGGAUCUUGAACUUGCUACAAACCGUUUUUCCAAAGAAAAUGUUCUCGGUGAAGGUGGAUAUGGAAUUGUUUAUAGGGGACAGUUGAUCAAUGGGACUCCAGUGGCAGUUAAAAAGAUACUCAACAACAUUGGUCAAGCGGAGAAAGAAUUUAGAGUGGAAGUUGAAGCUAUUGGCCAUGUUCGACACAAAAACUUGGUUCGCCUUUUGGGGUAUUGCAUUGAGGGAACUCACAGGAUGUUGGUUUAUGAAUAUGUCAAUAAUGGAAACUUAGAACAAUGGCUUCAUGGAGCCAUGCGUCACCAUGGAUACCUUACCUGGGAAGCGCGUAUCAAGAUUCUCCUUGGCACAGCCAAAGCGCUUGCAUAUUUGCAUGAAGCAAUUGAGCCAAAGGUGGUACACCGAGAUAUCAAGUCAAGCAACAUAUUAAUUGACAAUGACUUCAAUGCUAAGGUUUCUGAUUUUGGCCUGGCCAAGUUAUUGGGUUCCGGGAAGAGUCAUGUCACAACGCGAGUCAUGGGAACUUUUGGAUACGUGGCUCCUGAAUAUGCAAACACUGGCCUUCUAAAUGAGAAGAGUGAUGUUUAUAGCUUUGGUGUUUUGCUGUUGGAAGGAAUUACUGGAAGAGAUCCUGUUGACUAUGGUCGCCAACCAAAUGAAGUGAAUCUGGUUGAUUGGUUGAAGAUGAUGGUUGGAAACAGGAGAUCAGAAGAAGUGGUGGACCCCAACAUUGAGAUGAAGCCAUCCACCAGAGCUUUAAAACGGGCCCUCUUAACUGCUUUAAGAUGUGUGGAUCCAGACGCAGAGAAAAGGCCCAAGAUGGGCCAAGUUGUACGUAUGCUGGAGUCAGAGGAAUACCCUUUACCAAGAGAGGACCGAAGAUACGAUCGAAGAAAUCGAGGGGGCAGUGCAGAAAUCGAAUCCCAGAGGGAAUAUUCUGAUACAGACAGGAGUGAGAUUCAGGAUUCUAGAGCAGAGAGAAGAGGGUAACAACACAGAUGACCCUAAGAUGUUACUGGGAUGUAUAAAGUGGUAGUUUUUGUAUUAUUUUUUUACCCUCCAUAGCUUUUUAGAUUCUUGGAUUUGCCUGCCUAAGAUGGGCAUUGCAAAGGGGUGGCUCAGCUGGAGAUAUUUUCAUUUUUUAUUUUUAUUUUCAUGCAUUGGUUUUGGUGUCCUUUUGUUUAUAGGAUAGAUGUUGUUUGUGUAUGGGGAUGGAUGGUAUUUUAAGAUAAAAGAACCCAUAAUAUUGGGGUGUGUACAGAAUUUGAUCUCUUUCCAAAUUCCAACAUUUGUUAGAUGAAUCUUUUCUUGUUAUUGGGGAAAAUAAAAAGGAUAUGUAACAUUUCAGUUUAAAUUAUUCCGUGGUCCGUAGACCCAUUUCGUC